AUGGAGUAUUCGGAGUCGACAAAGGUGGUUUUCAAAAGAAUCGAGAAGCUCGAUCCUGAGAAUGUAUCCAAGAUCAUCGGCUAUCUCCUCCUCAAAGACCAGGGAGAGCUCGAGAUGAUCCGUUUAGCCUUUGGCCCGGACAACUUAAUUCACUCCCUCAUCAACACCGCCAAAAGGGAGCUCGACUCCUCACCAACCAAACCAGCUGCCCACACAAAGUUCACACCACACGUGCCGUGGUGCGCUGCACCUGUCCCACCCAAUAAAAUUCCAUGGAUAGUCCCUACCCCUCAGCCUUCUUUCAGCUUGGACAUUGAUGGUUAUGUGGUUCACAAUCAGCCAUCUUUCGGCUUGGAAAUUGGCCCGUAUUUUCAUGAUUGUUGCCCGCCGGCCCUCAUCUGCCAGAGCUUCAGUCAGGGGUACUGCAAGUACGGCGGCAACUGCUGGUUUCUGCAUGUCUUCCGAAUGGAAAACGGUCGUUUCAUGGUCCUGAAUCAGCCUGGGAUGGGAGAGGAUCAUGUCCUGUGGUCAACUGCAUCUCUCAAGCAGCUGGAGAUUGAGCUGAUUGAGCUUCUCAAGGCCCGGAAAGGGGUUCCGGUUUCCAUCUCCUCGCUGCCGAUAUUUUACUAUGAUAAGUAUGGACGGGCCCUUCGUGUUGAGGGCUAUCUCGUUGAGGGCCCCUGGCAAAGAAAGAUCAGGUUUACCCUUGCGCAGCUCGUUGCUCAGAUGACAAAGGACAUUCAUGUGGAUGACAGACCACAUGGGAGGCAGUCGAUUAUAAUGGUGGAGGACAUCCUGUUGUAUGCGAGAUGGAUGGAAGAGAAGAAAGAAAACGAGUCGGUCUCUUGCCAAGUUUAUCUGACUUUUCCUCCACACAGCAUGUUCAAUGAGGAAGAUGUUUACAACUAUUUCAACAAUUUUGGACCAGUUCAGGAAGUUAGGCUUCCCAACCAAGAAAAGAGGAUGUUCGGGUUUGUGACUUUUGUUUACCCAGAGACGGUAACCUUAGUCCUGUCGAAAACAAACCCUCAUUUUAUUUGUGGUGCAAAAGUGCUGGUGAAACCUUACAGGAUAAAGUCGUUGCUUCUCAAUAGGAAGUCUGAGAAAGUCCAUAAUCCAGUUAAACAAGAUCCACAGUCACCAGAUAAAGCGGAAUCCGAUCCUUCAAGCAAGGCCCAAACCGUUUUCGUGUUUUCAGUUUCUUUUUAUCACGUACUCCCUAUUCCAGUUUCUCCAGUCUUGAUUUGA